GCUCAGGAUACCUAAACACAAAACAAAAUAUGGUGAAUAUCCGUGAAUAAUAAAUAUCAUGUAGAGAUAUUUAGUGACAAAUAUUGAACAGAGAAAGAUGUGAUAAAGGUUCUGUGAUUGAAAAUGCAGUGCUUGGUACCAGGCGCGGCGGAGCUUGCUCAGCUCGGCAAGGGUAGCUGGGGUCGGCGCGACUAGCUGGGCGGGUUCACAAGGAUCAGCUGAUUCCUCAGGUUGAAGAGUAAGGUUGUGACGAAGAACAGCUCCAAGAUGGUGGUUAACGAGGAGGAUGUUGUUAAUAUUAUGGCUGGGAUGGAACACGCCGGAGGGAUCAAACUCAACGAUCAUAAACGGAAACUCAAAAACAGAUUUGAGAUAUGUCGAAAGCUUGGACAAGGAACCUAUGGAAAAGUACAGCUGGGGAUCAAUAAAGAAACAGGGCAAAAGGUGGCGAUCAAGACGAUUAAGAAAAGUAAGAUCGAGACCGAGGCAGAUCUUAUUCGAAUUCGUCGUGAGAUACAGAUCAUGUCCUCAGUUCAGCAUCCGAAUAUUAUUCAUAUCUACGAAGUGUUUGAGAACAAGGAGAAGAUGGUUCUUGUAAUGGAGAUUGCUGCUGGAGGAGAACUAUACGAUUAUCUCAGUGAGAGGAAGAGUUUAGAGGAAGGAGAGGCAAGGAGAAUAUUUAGACAGAUCUCUACAGCAGUCUACUACUGUCACAAGCACAAUAUCUGCCAUCGUGAUCUGAAGCUGGAGAAUAUCCUGUUGGAUGAGGAGGGCGGAGCUAAAAUUGCAGAUUUCGGUUUGAGCAACGUGUUUGACCGGAAGAACCUACUGAGCACGUUCUGUGGAAGCCCGCUCUACGCCUCCCCGGAGAUUGUCCGAGGGUGUCCUUACCAGGGACCGGAAGUAGACUGCUGGUCUCUGGGGGUGCUGCUGUACACCCUAGUGUACGGAGCUAUGCCAUUCGAUGGAUCUAACUUUAAAAGAUUGGUGAAACAGAUCACGACAGGAGACUAUUAUGAACCCAAGCAACCAUCAUCUGCGUCAAGUUUGAUCCGAGGCAUGUUAACCGUAAAGGCUGAAGAGAGAGCGAAUAUAAUAGAUAUCUGUUCCCACUGGUGGAUUAAUGAUGGAUACACCAGGAACUGUCUGGAGGAGGCAGAGUACCUCGCCUCCCUUACCCCGGUCAGGUUGGAUCUUCUUCUCUCCCUCACGAGGCAGGAGAAAAGGGAACCUCCGGAUGAAGCUAAAUCAGAGGUGACGACACCAACGAACAAGGAGACUCCAACCAUUGAUAUUGAGGAGAUACCUGUAGAUGCCUCUAUUCCAGCUGGAGUGGAGGAGUGUGAUGUUUCUCUCUCAGAGGAACCUGAAGAUAGAUCACCAGCAGUGAGCAGACGGAAACAGGAUCACAAACGUAAACUUGACGAACGAUCUAGUCUCACAGAGGCAGAGAUGACUGCUAAAAAGGUGGAUACUCGGGACUCUGAUGAUGUUGUUAUCCCUCCUCCUCCAACCAGAGCUGCUAUCCCUGAACCCAUGGAGAGCGGAGAGGAUCAGGUUUAUGAAAGACCAAGAAAGAUGAACAUGGAAGAUAAAAGAGCAAGUGUUGAUAUGGAGAAGACUCCUAAAGUGAGGAGAAAGCAUAAGUCCUCUGGUGAUCUUAUAGUUACUAGAACACCAGAACCGGAGAAAAGACCUGCUCCGGUUACACCUAAGACACCGAGAACCCAGAGAGGGUUUAAAAAGGAAGCUGAACCUUUUGAAAGACCUGAACCCCAGGCUUCUCCGAGACCACCUAGGCAGACUCCUCCCCCGAUAGAAAGCUUAGAAUCUGAGGAGAGAACUAGGCUGGGGACUGGUAUUAAACCCCAGGAUGAAUCCAGUCCUCCGCCACUCCCGGAGAAGAAAAGGAAACCUGUUUCCAGUGAUAAGCAUGAGGAUGAAUCUACUCGGAUGGAUCAAACAUUCACAAGUGAGGUUAGAGUUAAAACCAAUGAACUCCUAUCAGGUCCCAUGAACGGAGAUCUAGGGCAGAAAACAGACUUUAAUACUGAAAGUAAAAGUGAAAUGAUAAAUACUCAGAGUUUCCCCAACUGUGAUUUAGUGUGUGAACCUUCUAAUGAGAACUCAGCUGUGAUAUCUGAUGUGAAAUCUUACAAGGACAACAUACUUGAGCCGGAGAAAGCCUCAAUGAGUUCUCUCUCUCCUGACAUUAGGUCUCCUGUUUCUUCCUUGUCAAAGGAAACGGGUAUUGAGACUCAUGUCUCAGAAGAGAGUGUGAGUGGAAAGUCAAGCAAGCCAACUGAGCCAGAGCUAACCCCGCUUAUAUUAUCCUCUACCCUUGAUACUGGCAACUAUCCAACUAAAGAUACAGAUUAUAACUGCAAAUCUGAUAAUGAUUCAACAAUUGAAAACUUACAAACAUUGAGUAAAAGUCAAACUCAAAUAUCAACUCAAGAGUCAGAAACUAAAUCAGAUAGAUUAGUUAAACCCCACCCAACUAAACAGGUAGAUGUUGAGAACAAUCAUCAUGAGAUAGUUCCACCCCCCUGGGUUAAAUCAGAGUCUUCAAAAUCUCAGAUAUGUUCCCCUCAACCACAAAGACAGGAAACCUUUGCCCAUGAGUCAAAUGGCCAUGCUACUUCAACACCAGUAGCUAUACCUAAAGUGUUGAGUGCUGAAAUCAAGGUUUUAUCUCCGGAUCUUCCAACCUUUUCUCCAAAACUUCAAAGAAAGACUACUGAAGUACACCAGACUGCUCUGAUCAAUGGAUAUUCUAAUCCUACCCCAAAGGCAACUUCUCCCAAAGUUCAGAGUCCACCUAGAGUAUCUUCUCCUCCCCCGAAACACCCUAGUGCUCAAGGGAGUAAAGAAAACUCUAAACCUUCAAUUAACAACCUUCCCAGACUAGUCAUUAAACCUAAUGAAUCUAAACCUUCUCAGGAGAGAGAAAUAAAAGAGUCUACCCCUUCUAUUAACAACCUUCCAAAACUAAAAACAGUAACACAACCUGACCCAGAGAAGCAAUCUAGCAAUGGAUUGCUCAGUCCUAAGAUUGAACCUCCACUAGUCAAACCUUUCCCUGGAAAAUUGUCCCAACCUGCUGCUCUAGUCAAGACAGGAAGCCCUAAAUCUCUCAUAAAUAACAUUCCAAAACCAUUCAAAUCUGAAAAUGAAAAAUCAUCAACUGAGAUUUCUAAUGGGCCUGUUAUUCAAUCACCGAAGAUUAAAAUGGAUGCAAAAAUAUUGUUCCCGUCCGUUUCCUCGAAUCAGAUUCAGCAAAGUGGAGUUACCUCGGCAGCAUCUACACCAAAACCUUCUCCUAGUAUACCUCAGCCUAUUCCCAGUGUAGUACAGCCUAUUCCCAGUUUAUCCCUUCCUUCACCUAGCAUAGUUCAGCCUGCCUCUAGCAUAUCUAAACCUACUCUUAGCAUACCUCAACAUACUUCAAGCAUAUCUGAACCUGCUGCUAGUAUAAAUCAACCUGCUUCUAGCAUGCCUGAACCUAUUCCUAGUGUACCUCAACCUACUCCAAGUACAGUACCUAAACUAAUCCCUAGUGUACCAAAACCUACUCAACCCCAAGCAGCUACAGCUCCUGUUACUGAUCAGAUUACACCUAAAGUUGAUUCCCUGCUUCCGCCAAUAAAGCAACCAGCUCAGGCCACAAAAAGCACGGAUUCAGUAGGUUCGUGUGUUUCUCUCUCUUCCGAUGAGGAACAUAAAUCCCAACGAAGUUCUCCGGUAAUACUUCCUAAACCAAAUGGUCCAAACAUUAACUAUUCAACCCUCUCUCCCUCUAGCUCCGGGUCUACCCUGGAUAGCAAUGGAAAGAAGGGUCCGGAGAAGAGGGAUUCUAAGGUUAUAAAAGCUGCAGCUUACUGGAAUAAUUAUAUUGGAGAAGUAACCUCUAAAUCUAAACCCCAGUCUAAUCCCAAGAUGAUGGAUAAACCUAAGAAGAUAAUCAGUGCUGGGAUUGGUGAGAGAGGUCUAAAGGAACUGACAAGUGCAUUUGAACAGGGUAAAUCUGUACAACCAGAGGAUAAGUUUACACUAUUGAGACGGAACUCUAAAAAGUCUAACGUUGAGAGCUGUAAUCCUGGUCUUAGAGUAAAUGAUGCAAAGUCAGUGUUUGAAAAGAAGUUUCAACAAACCGAGACACCAAGAUUGACAAGAAGAGGUAGUUCCUCGCUAGAGAAACCAAAGUGGGGACAACCGAAGGAAUCCAAUCUAAAAUCCAAUCAAGAGAAUGACAUCAGUGAUGGAGGAAUCAGUCCGUCCAAAUCAACAGAUUCAGAAAAAUCUGAUAGAAAAGAAUCAACCCAGAAAGUUAUUGAAAUGUCACCUGAAUCUGUUGCAGCAAAAUUACAGAUUUCUGAACCUAGUUCUACCAAAGAAAAGAAAGUUGAAAAUAAAAAAGAACAGAAAUUAACACCAGCAGUUGAAACUAUUACAAAAAUAGGAGAAGACACAAAAAAUAAUAUACAAACCGAUGAUUCGAAACCAAUCUCUGAAGGAGGUUUAAAACCAUCCAAUCCAACAACUGCUCAACCUAAACCACCAACUAGUCCUAAGCCUAAAGUAAAGAAAGAAGACCUCAAAAUAAUCGAAAAGAAUAUCUUAAAAAAUGUUGAUGAAAACUUAGGUCAGAUAAAAAAUGAAAACUCCAACCUGAUUCCUGCGCUGUCUGCAACUGAAAAAGAUGUUGCAGAAAAGGCUGUUAUAGUGAAGCUUAAGGAAAAUGAUAAUAAGCCGCCAGAUUUGAAACCAUCAGAGAAGGUUUCAGAUUUAUCCAAACCUCCUCUCACUACAGUUAAAACUGGUGAGGUUACAAAGAUUGUAUUUAAAAACAAAAUUAAACAUGAGGAGGAGAAAAAUAUAAAUGGUAUGGAAAAUAAUGAAACCAGCAAUAACUUCAAAGAAAACGAUCCUCCAAGACUGAUCAUAAAAACUGUCAAGAUCAAAAGUCCAGAACCUGAGAAAACAGAAAAGGUUAAAUCUCCUGAACCCAACCUCAAUGAAAUUAGGAGUACACUGAAAAAAGUUCCACAUGUUGCAGGAAGCAGGAAAACCACAGAAAAUGAUUCUGAAAAACUUACAUUAGAGAAAAAGAUUGAGUCUAAGGAAGAAAAGUUAGAAGUAAACACAUUCAAUACAGAGGCCAUAGAAACAAAAACCAAUCUCAAAAGUCAAUCAGAAGAUUCUAGAUUGGAUACAUCAAAGGAUAAUGACACUGUAACCAGUCCUCCGGUAAAAGAACGAAUUAUUCCAAUCACGUUUGUUAAUGAAAACAUUGUCCCUAAACCAUUCAUAGCUGAUGUGGAAAAUAUUGCUUCCAGCCCUAAAGACUCGGCUCAAACUGCAGAACGAAAUGAGCAUCACAUUCCAAUCCGUGUUGAGGGUGGAUUAAGAUAUUCAAGUAGAUCUGACCAUCCUGAAGAGGAUAUGGAGCGGAAUGAAAUACUGGAUAAUUUUAAUGCCAGUAAUAUAUCUAGAAGACGAUGGGGAAGUAGAAAGAAACGUAUGAGCUCAGCAUUUAGUGAUUCCAGUGUUUCAGAUGAUGAUGCACUUGCUUCUUUUGCAGGUUUGCAAAAAUACACGUCAUAUGGAAAGCAUGGAUUGAUAGAACAGCCAUUGUUUCGGUUGAAAAAGACCAGACCACCUUUCUCAAACGACAAAACAGAAAGUUUUUCUAGCGGCGAGGAAGAUGAUUUUGAUGACGACGGUUUCCAGGAGAUGACAGCUGAAAACCUGUUCUCCACCUUGUUGUCAAGAGUUAAAAGCUUGACAAGAAGGAUCCAUGAUGAGCAUGAUGAACACAUAAACUGGCAAAGAUCCAGACAUGGUCCUCCUAAACUUAAUCCAGGUGGAACCCAUGCUAGGCUGGAGAGAACAGCACAGAGAAACUCCAUCAAAAGAUCUGGGGACGGAUAUUCAAGACAAUCUUCUGCAUAUGAUGAUUCUUCCUCACAGAGAUCCUUUGAUGAUUCCCCAUCUAAUAAGUCUUAUAACUCCGGGUAUACCCCAACCAGGAUAUACAACAGGAGUAACUCUAACAACGAAUCAGAUAGCAGGUACUCUACAGGAAGCCCGUCGUAUUCCACCGGAGGUUCCAUUAAAAGGUAUGAUGAGAGUGACACUGCAAGCAAUUUCUCUAACAGUGUCUCUGUUACCAGUUCUCAAAGGCUUCGGCCUGGGUACUUACCUCCACCAGCUAACCAUAACACUAUCAAUGCAUCCAAUAUUAACUAUCCUAGUUCUAAUUCUAACGACCUAGAUGCUCAAUACUUUGCUCAAAAUUUAACACCUAAAGCAAGUGAGGCGUAUGAACGUAAUAUUCCUAUAAGUGUGCAUAAGAGUUAUAAUUCUGAUAGUCCCGGUAGUUCCAAACCUGGAACUCCGUUGCCUACUCCAGGAGUUUAUAUGAAACAUAUGAAACCUUUUUCACUCAAUUCAACUGAUAAUUAUGAUAGAUUGGAGUCCACAGACCAAUCUGUUGAUACUGGAGACAGGCAAAGGAGGGUUUCAAGGUUUCUCCGGCCGGACUUUUAUGAAAUACCCAAGGAAGAUAGUAUAUAUGCUAAAAUGAAAGAGCUUGAGGAAGAGGAUAAGAAGAAACCAAGGUUCCUUCGAGUUGUUCAAUCUAGAAACCGAGAAAGUACUUCAGGACGAUCCACUCCACUGGAGAUGGGAUCUUUCUCCGAGGAUAGAUCUAGAUCAGACACCAGAACUCCAGUCCUCGACUAUGGAGACUCAUCCACUCCAAUAAGCGAAGGAGGUGCCAGGACAUCUUAUCACAGACCUUUGAUACAUGAACACAACCAACACUCUAGAAAGAAACAUUCAGUUGAAAAUACAGAUGCUGAGCAGGAUGCUCUCCUAGCUGGUAUUACCAAGCUUAGAAGACAAGGGUUAGAGCACUCCAACGAAGUGAGCGAGAUUUCAGACGGAUUCCGAACCCCUGAAGAUACAGAGUCCAUCACCUCAGAUAUAUUCGGUGUUCCUGAUUUUGUUGCUGAGGGAGAGGAUUCAUUCCGUGAGAGGUUGGGACGAUCCCCCUACCUCUCCAGGAUGGAUGAUUCAAGGGGAGCGGAUAAGAAACUAACCCGGAGAAGUAUCUCCAAAGAGUUGUUUGAUGAUCCCCCAACCAGAUACACAUCUGCCCGACCUGUAGCACGACGUAGUGUAUCCAGAGAACUGUUUGAUAUGAAAUAUAAUACUGGUAAAACAUCUCCUUACACACUUUCUGAUUACACAACACAAACCACAACCAGUCCAAUAUCCAGGAGAACCUCCAGAUACUCUCGGGAGGAAACAAAAGAUCCUGAUAUAUCCGAAGAUACUGGGGUUUCCUCUGGAUACAGAUCAUCCUACCUAGAUCCUGACAGGUCUAGAUCCAUCUCUCAGUCCAGGGGAUCUGGAUCCAGACCUGACUCCCUCCCGUCCCGACCCCUAUUUUCAUCUACAGGGAGAUCAAAUACACAAAAUGAAAUUUAUCGAGGUUCUCCCUUGACCGUAGGACGGCACUCUGAGGACGAGAGCAGUCUAGGACGCUCCUAUGGCGGGAGUUUGAAGGAGAGGAACCGCCAGGACUGGAGAAGGAUUUCUGUACCGGAGAGAGGGAAGGAUUUUAACAGUCUGCCAAGGAAGUACAACAGGUACAGCAGUAUAGUAGAGAGAGGGUCUCCUUAUCUAGGUUCAAAAUCUGAUCUAUCCAGUAUCUCUACCCUCCCUCCUCCCUCUCCCUCUGUUAGACGGAGUUCAACCCAGGAUAUCCUCGCAAACUCUCGUCUCCGUCGCUCCGGAACCUUCGAUACGCACGACCUUUACAGAGACAGGACGGAGAGACAAAGAACUCCGUGUACACGAGAUAGUACAACCUUCUCCAGAGAAGGGAGUGUUUAUUCCCGGGAAACUCCCGCUCCCUCCCAUCGGGAGAACUCCAGGUACUCUCCAAGAGACUCGGCAUUUUCCAGAGAUAAUUCGGUGACCUCCGUACGUGAGAUACCUAAUUACACACGUGAGAUACCUAAUUACACACGUGAGAUACCUAAUUACACACGUGAGAUACCAACCUACGCACAACGCACGGUUGGAAAUUUCUCCGAGGAGCCGAGUUAUACACGUGAGACUCCAAACUAUUCAAGAUACUCAUCAAUACUAGAUGACAAGCAUAACUGGGGGUUUAGCACACUUAGAAGACGACAUUCAAGAAAUGGUUUUCCUUAAUAUCCUAUGUAAUGUCCUAACCUGAAUAUUCAACUAAAUAUCCUUGAUAAUCCACUAAAUGGCCUUAAUAAUCCACUAAAUAUUCUUAAUAAUCCACUAAAUAUCCUUUAUAUUCCAGUAAAUAUCCUUAAUAAUCCACUAAAUAUCCUUAAUAUUCCACUAAAUAUCCUUGAUAUUCCAUUAAAUAUCCUUAAUAAUCCACUAAAUAUCCUAAAUAUUCCACUAUAUAUCCUUUAUAUUCCACUAAAUAUCCUUGAUAUUCCACUAAAUGUCCUUGAUAUUCCACUAAAUAUGUUUGAUUAUUCCUAAAAAUAUCCUUGAUAUUCCACUUAAUAUGUUUUAUAUUCCAAUAAAAAUCCUCGAUUUCCUAUAACAUCCUUUUUAUGUGACACAAGCCAGACAUUUUUCAAAUUUAACAAAAAAUAUUCGUCUGUUUAUCCAAUUCUUGUAAUUCUUAAUGUUGUAGGUUUUACUCUUUAAUAAUUCAAAAAUAUUAUUUUACUUUAAAGAAUGUAAAAAUAUCCAUUUUAAGUCAGGUUGGCGUUUUUAAGUAAAUUCUUAGUUUCUCACCUUUCUUUGGUUUUGUUAAUUAAUUUAGCUCCUUCUGAUUAAAUUACUUGAUUCUAAUAUGUUGGUUGGGCUGUACUUACAAAAAUACUUUAUAGAAAAACAAAUAUUAUCCAAGAAAAUAAAGUCGAGAAAUGUGAACUUAUAAAGAAAAUGUUUACAAAAUGUUUUUAAUG